AAAAUAGAAGCUUUGAAACCCAAAAGCUUUAUAUAGAAUAGAAUAGAACAGUCACUUGUUUCCGUGCUCCCCAAUUCACAUUUCACUCUCUCUUCUGCAGCAUAACUUAGGACGAAAAAUGCUGGUUCAGCUUCCGCGGUUGACCAACUCUUUGCGAGAACCCUUCGAUGUUGACCAUGCCUAUUUGCAGCGCAGGCUUAUCCUCCAUAAUCACAUCCACAAGCCUACCAAUUCUGCGAGCUCAGUCGACGAGUCAGAGCUUGCGAGGAAGAUAGUUUAUAGAUGGGAAGAAGCUUCGGUGGAACUUCGACAAGCUUACAAGCAAUUUAUUGGAGCGGUUGUAGAGUUGAUAGAUGGAGAACUGCCAUCUGAGGAGUUCAGGGAGGUGGCUCUAAGUGUUUACUGUCUUUUUGGUGCGCAAGAGGAAACUUUUGAUGGAAGUAUUGCUGAGAAGAAGGCAGAGUUGCAAAAACUUAUAGGCCGUGCUGUUUCUGAUAGUAACUUGAGGAAGUCCGCAUCCUUAGCAUAUAAACUUUUCGCACUACAACCUAUUGACCACAAGAAAGCAAUCACUUUAGAAGGGUCAACUAAUGAGAGUUCUGACAAUAUUGAAUUUGGUGCUGACCUUGUUUUUCAAGCCCCAGCUCGGUUCUUGGUGGACAAAUCUUUUGAGGAUGUGUUGGCUGAAGAAAGCAGUGCAUCUUCUUCUUUACGCCAUGAGGGAUGGUAUGGUCGUCCUGAAUUUAUUCCGGAAUAUUCAGUCUCUGAUGAAGGACGUUUCAAUUUAACUUGGUUAAGAGAUGCUUGUGAUCAGAUAAUUGAAAAAAGUCUUUCGCAGCUUUCUCGAGAUGAAUUAGCAGUAGCUAUUUGUCAGGUCCUUUAUUCAGAUAAACCUGGUGAGGAGAUAGCUGGUGAUUUAUUGGAUCUUGUUGGAGAUAGUGAGUUUGAAAUCGUUCAAGACCUUAUAUCUCAUAGGAAAGAUCUUGUUGAAUGUAUUCAUCAUGGUUUACUCAUCUUGAAAUCUGAAAAAGCAUCCUCAACCACUCAACCACGUAUGCCUAGUUAUGGCACUCAGGUUACUGUUCAAACAGAAUCUGGAAAGCAAAUUGAUAAACUUCGGCGCAAGGAAGAAAAGCGACAUAGACGAGGAGCAGAAUAUGGGGCUGAGGGUGACUUGUCUACUGUUAGUUUUUCUUCUUUGCUUCAAGCAAGUGAGAAGAGAAGUCCUUUUGAUGAUCUCAUUGGGUCUGGCCAGGGGAACCAAUCACUACCAGUUACUGCUCUUCCUCAAGGAACUGUUAGGAAACAUCACAAAGGGUAUGAGGAAGUCAUUAUUCCCCCUACACCAGCAGCACAAAUGAAACCAGGUGAAAAGCUGAUUGAAAUAAAGGAGUUAGAUGAUUUUGCCCAAGCUGCUUUUCGUGGCUACAAAUCUCUCAAUCGCAUUCAGAGCCGUAUUUAUCAAACUGUUUAUUACACUAAUGAGAAUAUAUUGGUUUGUGCUCCUACUGGAGCUGGUAAAACAAAUAUAGCAAUGAUUUCUAUUUUACAUGAGAUUGGGCAGCAUUUCAAGGAUGGCUACUUGCACAAAAAUGAAUUUAAGAUAGUUUAUGUUGCUCCAAUGAAGGCAUUAGCAGCUGAGGUUACAUCAACAUUUAGUCAUCGUUUAUCUCCAUUGAACAUGACAGUGAAAGAACUAACUGGAGAUAUGCAACUUUCUAAGAAUGAACUUGAAGAAACUCAGAUGAUAGUUACAACACCAGAGAAAUGGGAUGUCAUUACUCGCAAGAGUAGUGACAUGUCACUGUCAAUGCUUGUGAAGCUCUUAAUUAUUGAUGAAGUGCAUUUAUUGAAUGACGAUAGAGGCCCUGUAAUAGAGGCACUUGUUGCUCGAACUUUGCGUCAGGUAGAGUCAACACAGUCAAUGAUAAGAAUUGUGGGACUUUCAGCCACUCUACCUAAUUAUUUGGAGGUUGCACAAUUUCUUAGAGUGAAUCCAGAUACAGGACUCUUUUUCUUUGACUCUAGCUAUCGUCCUGUGCCUCUUGCACAACAGUAUAUUGGUAUUAGUGAGCAGAACUUUGCAGCUCGGAAUGAGUUAUUGAAUGAGAUAUGUUAUAAAAAGGUUGUUGAGUCAUUGAGGCAAGGUCAUCAAGCAAUGGUAUUUGUUCAUUCUCGGAAGGACACAGCAAAAACAGCUGAAAAAUUGGUUGAACUUGCUCGGAGAUUCGAGGACCUGGAGCUUUUUAGCAAUGAUACACAUCCACAGUCAUCCUUAAUAAAGAAAGAGGUUCUAAAGUCAAGGAACAAAGAUCUUGUUGAACUUUUUGGAUUUGCUGUUGGUGUUCAUCAUGCUGGGAUGUUACGUGCCGAUAGAGGUCUGACUGAGCGUCUUUUUUCUGAUGGGCUCUUGAAGGUGCUUGUCUGUACAGCAACUUUGGCAUGGGGUGUAAAUCUGCCUGCUCACACUGUUGUGAUUAAGGGGACCCAAUUAUAUGAUCCAAAGGCUGGUGGUUGGCGAGAUCUAGGAAUGCUAGAUGUUAUGCAGAUAUUUGGAAGGGCCGGGAGACCUCAAUUUGACAAAAGUGGUGAAGGCAUCAUAAUCACGUUUCAUGACAAACUAGCUUAUUAUCUUCGCUUAUUAACAUGUCAGCUCCCAAUAGAAAGUCAGUUUAUUAGCUCCUUAAAAGACAAUUUAAAUGCAGAAGUAGCACUGGGCACUGUGACAAAUGUCAAGGAAGCUUGUGCGUGGCUUGGGUAUACUUACCUUUUUAUUAGGAUGAGACAGAAUCCUUUGGCAUACGGUAUUGGCUGGGAUGAGGUCAUGGCCGAUCCAACUUUGAGCUUAAAGCAAAGAGCUCUUGUAACAGAUGCUGCACGUGCUCUUGACAAAGCGAAAAUGAUGCGAUUUGAUGAAAAAAGUGGCAACUUUUACUGUACGGAGCUGGGCCGCAUUGCUAGUCACUUUUACAUUCAAUAUUCUAGUGUUGAAACUUACAAUGAAAUGCUAAGACGACAUAUGAGUGACAGCGAGGUGAUUGACAUGGUUGCCCAUUCUUCUGAAUUUGAGAAUAUUGUUGUUCGAGAAGAGGAACAGAACGAGCUGGAAACGUUGGCACGUACAUCCUGUCCGUUAGAGAUUAAGGGUGGUCCUUCGAAUAAAUAUGGGAAAAUUGCUAUUCUCAUCCAGCUAUACAUAUCUCGUGGCUCAAUUGAUAGCUUUUCUUUGGUUUCCGAUGCUGCUUAUAUAAGUGCAAGCUUGGCUCGUAUUAUGCGGGCUCUAUUUGAAAUUUGUUUACGCAAAGGUUGGUGUGAGAUGACCUUGUUCAUGUUGGAAUAUUGCAAGGCCGUGGAUCGCCAAAUUUGGCCCCAUCUGCAUCCACUCAGACAAUUUGAGAGAGAUAUUUCGUCAGAGGUACUGCGAAAGCUGGAGGAUAGAGGAGCUGAUUUAUAUCGCUUGCAAGAUAUGCAAGAAAAAGAUAUUGGGGCACUUGUUCGUUAUUCACCUGGAGGAAAAGUGGUUAAGCAAUAUUUAGGAUAUUUCCCAUGGAUCCAGUUAUCAGCAACUAUAAGUCCAAUAACCAGAACUGUUUUGAAGGUGGUUUUACUCAUAGCACCAGAUUUCAUAUGGAAAGACCGUUUUCAUGGUACUGCACAACGUUGGUGGAUUCUUGUUGAGGAUACGGAAAAUGAUCAUAUCUAUCACUCGGAGCUUUUUACCCUAACAAAGCGAAUGUCAAAAGGGGAACCACAGAAGCUUUCAUUCACAGUGCCUAUAUUUGAACCACAUCCACCACAAUACUACAUUCGUGCUGUUUCUGAUUCUUGGUUGCAAGCAGAGGCUUUCUAUACCAUAUCUUUCUCAAACCUUGCACUUCCUGAGGCCCGCACUUCCCACACAGAACUACUAGAUUUGAAACCUCUUCCUGUGACUGCACUUGGAAACAGUACCUAUGAAGCCUUGUACAAAUUUUCACAUUUUAAUCCAAUACAAACUCAGGCUUUUCAUGUUCUAUACCACACAGAUAAUAAUGUUCUAUUAGGAGCUCCCACUGGAAGUGGAAAAACUAUAUCAGCUGAGCUGGCUAUGCUUCGCCUCUUCAACACUCAGCCUGAUAUGAAGGUUAUCUACAUAGCACCUUUGAAGGCUAUUGUUCGCGAAAGAAUGAAUGAUUGGAGAAAAGGGCUUGUUCGCCAGCUUAAGAAGGAGAUGGUUGAAAUGACUGGAGAUUAUACUCCAGAUUUGACAGCUCUCUUGUCAGCAGAUAUCAUUAUAUCCACUCCUGAAAAGUGGGAUGGUAUUAGUCGUAAUUGGCAUAGUCGAAAUUAUGUGAAAAAGGUUGGUCUAGUAAUUUUGGAUGAGAUUCACUUAUUGGGGGCUGAUCGUGGACCCAUCCUUGAGGUUAUUGUGUCACGGAUGAGAUACAUAUCAUCACAAACUGAUCGUGCAGUACGAUUUGUGGGUCUCUCUACGGCUUUAGCAAAUGCAAGUGACUUGGCUGACUGGCUGGGUGUUGGUGAAAUUGGACUCUUCAACUUUAAACCAAGCGUGAGGCCUGUUCCUCUUGAAGUUCAUAUACAAGGAUAUCCUGGAAAGUUCUAUUGCCCAAGGAUGAACAGUAUGAAUAAACCAGCGUAUGCUGCAAUAUGCACACAUUCUUCUACAAAGCCAGUUCUAAUAUUUGUUUCAUCUCGUCGACAGACAAGACUUACUGCCUUGGACCUCAUUCAGUUUGCAGCAUCGGAUGAGCAACCCAGGCAGUUUCUUAGUAUGGCCGAAGAAGCACUUCAGAUGGUACUAUCACAGGUUACUGAUCAGAACCUGCGACACACCUUACAAUUUGGAAUUGGAUUACACCAUGCUGGUCUGAAUGACAAAGAUAGAUCUCUAGUUGAGGAAUUGUUUUCAAACAAUAAGAUUCAGGUUUUAGUUUGUACCAGUACUUUGGCUUGGGGUGUAAAUCUUCCGGCACAUCUGGUUAUUAUCAAGGGAACUGAGUAUUAUGAUGGCAAAACAAAGAGAUAUGUUGAUUUCCCAAUCACAGAUAUCUUGCAAAUGAUGGGUCGUGCAGGUCGUCCACAAUAUGAUCAGCACGGGAAAGCAGUUAUUCUUGUUCAUGAACCGAAGAAGAGUUUCUAUAAGAAGUUUUUAUAUGAACCAUUUCCUGUUGAGAGUAGUCUGAGGGAGCAGUUGCAUGAUCACAUGACCGCAGAAAUAGUUUCUGGAACAAUUUGCCAUAAGGAGGAUGCGGUUCACUAUCUUACUUGGACUUACUUAUUCCGAAGACUGAUGAUGAAUCCUGCUUACUAUGGUUUGGAAACCAGGGAACCUGAAAUUUUAAGUUCUUACCUGUCAAGGUUAGUGCAAACAACCUUUGAGGACCUGGAAGACAGUGGAUGCAUCAAGAUCAAUGAAGACAGUGUGGAGCCAACGAUGCUGGGCUCUAUAGCAUCUCAAUAUUACCUGAGUUACAUGACUGUAUCAAUGUUUGGAUCGAACAUAGGUCCAGACACGUCACUUGAAGUGUUUUUACUUAUUCUUUCUGGUGCGUCUGAAUACAAUGAGCUUCCUGUGCGGCAUAAUGAGGAAAACUACAAUGAAGCUUUGUCCAAGAAAGUUCGGUAUAUGGUGGACAAGGAUCGGUUUGAUGAUCCACAUGUCAAGGCCAAUCUGCUAUUUCAGGCACAUUUUUCACAGUUAGAAUUGCCAAUUAGUGACUAUGUCACUGACCUAAAGUCAGUCUUGGAUCAAAGUAUACGCAUAAUUCAGGCCAUGAUAGAUAUAUGUGCUAAUAGCGGAUGGCUUUCAAGCUCAAUUACUUGCAUGCAUCUUUUGCAAAUGGUCAUGCAGGGUUUAUGGUUUGAGAAAAAUUCUUCUUUAUGGAUGCUGCCAUGUAUGAAUGUUGAACUUGCGGAUUCCUUAAGCACAAGAGGAGUUUCCAGUUUGCCACAACUAUUGAAUUUCUCAAAGGCAACCUUGCAGACCAUGAUAGGAAAUGUUCCUGCUUCAAAAUUAUUUCAGGAUCUGCAAUAUUUCCCCAAUCUCCAAGUAAAAUUAAGAAUUCAGCAGAGGAAAACUGGCAGUGCAAGCUCCCCAUCUUUGAACAUCAGAUUGGAGAAGAGAAAUUCCAGACGAAAGGGAUCAAGAGCUUUUGCUCCUCGCUUUCCCAAGGUAAAAGAUGAAGCCUGGUGGUUAAUUCUUGGUAACACCUCUAGCUCUGAGUUGCAUGCUCUCAAGAGAGUGUCUUUCUCUGAUCACUUGGUUACCCAUAUGGAGUUGCCAUCAGAUCCAACUGCUGUUCAGGGAAUGAAGCUGAUUCUAGUUUCAGAUUGUUACCUUGGUUACGAACAAGAGCACUCCCUUGCUGAACUUCAAACCGCCAGGAACUAAGUUGGUCACUUGCUAUUAUUUUGGAUUCGAGAUCUUUUUUAUUUUAUCUUUUAAAUGGAUUGCAGCUCUUUUUUCAGUCACCAAAUCUAUAGCUUACUUCAUCAUAUAUGUAGCAAAUAUAUUUAUUUUAUAUAAAGUGUGUCUAUAUAACAAUAAUUUCUUGGUUUAUGAGAAAUUCAUGUGAUUUUUUAUUGAUAUUAAAAAUAAAAUGGUUUAUGAGAAA